CACCCCCUUCGUUCGUCUGUCAGUCAAUCAAAUCGACAACAAAUCAAUCCGGAAUGCAAAAUUAAACACUGAAGUUUAAACUGAAAAUUCUAUUUUAAAACUGAUAUUGUUUAUAGUUUUUCAGUGAUUAUAUUUCUUGAUAAAUCAUACUUACUUUUUGCCUAUCCUAAUCAUUUCGUGUGUAUGUAAUACCUGGAGUUUUUUCAGUCUUUAGCAACAAGUGUUUGUGUAAUAAAUGUGUUAAUUUAAUGUUAAAUUCAGUUUAAAUACAGUCACAAAAUGUGGGAUAAAAUAAUAUAUAUUCUCAUUAUUACAUUAGUGACGUACAUUUUCAAGCAGCUCUUUUCCGAAACACCAAAUUUCGUGAAAUUUAAAUCAAAAUUUCUCAUUUUUUAUAUUUGGACUUCGGUUACUGCUGUAGUUUUGCUGCCGUUCUUUGUAUUCAAUCCGAAAAAUGUAAAAAAUUCCCUAUUUGGAUCUCAAAUAGUGAAGCAUGUUACCAAAAUAAUUGAAGUUAAAUGGCAUCUAAGGAAUGGCAGAGUUCUUGCUGAAGACCGAGGAGCUGUUGUGGUAUCUAAUCACCAAUCAUCAAUUGAUAUAUUAGGAAUGUUCAACAUAUGGCAUGUAGCUGAUAAAGUUGCAGCUAUAGCACGGAAAGAAAUAUUUUAUGUGUGGCCGUUUGGCCUUGCCGCAUACCUAGCAGGGGUUGUAUUUAUUGACAGAAAUAACUCAAAAGAUGCCUAUAAACAACUAAAAAUUACUUCAGAAGUCAUGAUUAAAAAUAAGACAAAGAUAUGGCUAUUUCCAGAGGGCACUAGAAACAAAGACUUCACCAAACUAUUACCUUUCAAAAAGGGUGCGUUCAACAUAGCAGUUGCCGCACAAGUGCCGAUAAUACCUGUCGUAUUCUCUCCAUAUUAUUUUAUUAAUAGGAACAAAAACAUUUUCAAUAAAGGCCACGUUGUUAUACAGUGUCUGGAACCUGUGUCCACUAAGGGUCUGACAAUGGAAGACGUUCCUGAGCUCAUUAUACGUGUUCGCAAUAUGAUGGACGCAGUUUACAAAGAACUAUCAAAGGAAGUACUCAGCGCAUUGCCACCUAACUACCCACUAGCCACCACAGAUUGAUCACUCAGGUAUGGGUGAGAUAUCCAAACAUAAGUAAUUAAACAACAAUACAUGUCUACAUUAUUAUUGAAUAAUAAUGCCAGACGCAAAACAUUAUAGCCAUAGUCAUUAUAGUUUUAUUUAGAAAGGAAUCAUUCUUAUUGUCAUUUAUUAAUUUGAUUGUUUUGUCAUGUUAUUUUAGAGAAAGUGUGUACAACGAGGCCAAUUAAACUGAAUACACAAACGUAUUAGUAGAAACUGAUACUGAUUUAUCAAGUAAACAACUGAGACAAUAGUUUUCCGGCUUUCUUUUGUUUACAUUUCUUAUAUCCAAUUGUAGUAAACGAUGUAUAAUAACAAUUGUUGCAGCUAAUGUGUAUAGCGUAACCGUGUUACAAAACCAGUUUCUACCCUGAAUACAGAAGUGAGUUGUUAAUCAUAGGCUACACUUCCAAUUGCAUAAGUUACUGAAAACGAUCACAGAAUCUUAAUUAAAUUUUGUCCCUUACAUAUUAAUUAAGGACUUGCAAGAAGAAUCUGGUUUUUACUUUGUAACACAUUCAUUUAUCAACCAAACAUUGAUUUCUAGAUUUAGUUUAUAGUCAUAUUUUAUGAGUAUUGUGACUUACGUACCAGUCAUUAUCAGCUUUUGUGAUAAUUAUUAUUUAGCUAUUAAAUAGCCGCUUUAUACGACUGAGCAAUAAACUUAACAUAGGCACUCUGUACUAUGAUUUUUUAUAAUUAUUAAUUUAGUGUUUGUUAAGUUACUCUACACUUGCAUGCCCGCUAUUUUUAGCUGCUUUAAUUUUAGUCAUUAUAUUUUUAUAGUUGAUAGUUGUAAUUUGAAAGCAAAUUCUUGAUUAAUAUUUCUAGGGUUAUUUUUAUAAUAACACAAGUCAAAACGCUAAUUCAUUCUCGAAUUAAAAAUGUGCCAUUUAAAUUUUUAUUAAUUAAGCGUCACAUUAUUGGACCCAAAGAUGAAGUGCGGUACCAGAAUACAUACAUAAACUGCAGUGAUUUAAAUUGUUUAUUUUGUGUAGUCAGUUUCAAAGAUACAUAAUAUCUAUCAAUUAACAUAUAAGUACUGUAUAAACCAGAGAUUCGGAUUGGAUUUUGAAAACACAUCAUUCACGCGCACCACCUAUUUCCGAUCCAGAGAUCCCAGAUAUAAUUCCCAAUUUCCCAGUGAGGGCAAAAUAAAAUUCUCUGCUUCCAUUGUAGCAAUAACUAAGCAUAGGUACUUACUUUGAAGCUGACGGAACAUAUAAAAUUCCUACUUUCCUGUGACAAAAAUCAACAAUCCCAAUGUGAUUCUUUAUGCCGUGUCUAUAUGUUCCUAUAUGUAUAGUGAUUUUAUGUUAGUACCUAACUACAUGGUGUUUAUUACAUAGAACAGUAUUAUUUUUAAAUAAUUGUCUUUAAUAUUUUCACUUGCGCAUGUAAGUAGUACAGUGUUUUUAAUAUCGUGCUAAUUCCAUCACGGACGCGGGAUUGCGUGACACCCGUAAGUGUCCAUUUCAUACAAGUACCUAUCGGUGCAUGAUGAAAUCCGGACGAUAUUAAAAAAGAACACCCCAAUAUAUGGUGAAAAUGCUUAAUAUUAUGCUUAUUUGAUAACUUAAGUUAGCUUACUAUUAAACUAACUUAAGUUAUCAAAUAUACUCGAUACAGAAAGUGUUUGUAUCAAUGGUGAUGCACCAGGAUUAAGGCAUUUCUUUUUUAUCAACCACUCGAAUUAGAACGAAUAUUGAUAUCUAUUUAUACAGUAUUCAGUUUUGUAAUAUGUAUUACAGUGUUCCUUUUUACAGUUUUAUAAGCGCGUCAACCUACAAUUUCUUAUUAUGUUUUGUCCUCUGAAUUUUGAAUUCUGUCUCUGAGUCAAAGUUCAAGAUCAGUUGGAGGAAAGUCAUUUGGGUUGAUGGUGCAAGCUUUUUUUUAGUUAACUACCAGGAACAUUCUCUCCUAACACCAUUUUCUUAUAAGAUGAACACACUCAGAAAUUGCACAAGAAUAAAGAUAAUAUAGGUACGUGUAUUUUGCUGUGUACUGCGCCGUGUGGGGGACGGCCGUAAAGAAUACCAUUCCCGCCGACCUCGUCAUUUUUCUUUGGUUUUUUCUAAUAUAAGGCUAAGCGUAAGCUGCGAUGUGGAUGAAAUUUAAUUAUCAAU